CGAGCCGAUAGGCUGGCGCAACUUAUUGUCAGUCGUAUUCGGAAAUUGCGGAAGCGGGAACUACGCUCAAAAGUGUGCAAAGGCCGGGAGGGAGCCUGCGACCGCACGCUCGGCAGGCAGGCACUUCGGCAUCGAAUAUGGAUUUAAGAUUAACGAGGCCACGUAAGCGCGGCAACGUCGCGGGGUGUUUACAUGCGGGUGCAGCGGGCGCUCGCGGGCGGUAUCGAUCGCUGGGCGGGGCGCGGGGCGGGGCGCCCGGGCCGGGCGUCAGUACGCGUCGGGGCCGCGUCCGCGCGGUCGUCGCUCGUCCAGCUGCGACGCGCCGGAGUGACUCCGCGGCCUCGGGCGCCCGGCGGCGGCGGCGAGCCUCGCGCCGCCCGCCCCCGCGCCGAUGCCGCCCGCCCGCCGCGCUCGCGCUCUGCUCCCUGCGCCCGUCCCGUCCCGCCCGGCCCGCGCCGCGCGCGCAGCCUCGCGCCCCGCACCCCGCGCCCUCGUCUGCGACCCGUCUUCCUCUGGGCGCGCCAGCAGGACGGCCGAGUGCAGGCCGUGCACUGUGAGGACUACGACCCACGCAACCGCAUCCGCCUGGCGCGCACGCCCAGCGGCUGGCGCGUGAUCCCGCGCACCGAGAUCUAUAACGCGAUCCGCGUGCCGCCCGCGCCGCCGCGCGAGCGCAAGCGCAGCCGCGCCGCCCGCAAGCGAGCUCGCGAGCCGGCCUGGCUCGCCCCUCCCGACCUGGAGACCCACAUUCCCUCGCACACCAUCGCGGUGCCGCGCUCGGCCGCGCCCUCGCCGCCGCCCGAGCCCACGCCGCUCGACAACCUGCUGGCCGUGGCCGAGCUCGAGUUCAACCAGCAGCGCGGCAAGGACCUCGAGCAGCUGGAGGUCGGCGUGAACGACGCCUACGCCUUCCUGCCUGACGAGGCGGUCGCUAGGGACGUCAUGUCGUUCGAACUUGGCGAACCCCCCAAAACUACAGAGGAUAUAUUCUACGACCGGAAAUCCCAUGGGGAAGAGGACUUUCAGAACAAUUUAGUGGUCCAUAAAGAUUUAUUUGAGACUAUCAGUGAGGCACAUUAUUUGCCGGAGUUGAGCGGGCCCCACGACGAGGCCCUUCUCGAAUCGCUCGUAGAGAAAGGUUGUGAGGAUAAUCAAAUCCUGGGUCAGGCGCUGGACAAGCUGGCGCACCUAGUAACGGGUGGUGGCGACUACGCAGAGGAAGAAGAAGACAUGCUGUUGAGUGGGGCGCCAGUAGCCGACAUCAUUGAUAGGCUGGAGCAGUCGCUCGAGUCUCCCGGCCGCAGCAGCAUCACCGCAGCACAGGGCCUGCUGCAUUUGCACCACAUCGGAGACCAGCUGCAUGACAUCCAACCUGACCAGCAGACUGUCGAUCAAACCUACAUGUCUGACGAAGUGUUUGUCCCUGAAGUGUCCACGUUAACGUUGACUCAAGAUAGGGAACUUCAGGUCGCUAAUGAAAUCACUAGUAUGGAGUAUGAUCAAGAAGCCGAGAAGGCGCUAGGAGACGCCGUUGAAGCGACUGUAUCUAUGUAUACCGAUAUUAGUGAGCCAGUAAUUGAAGAGCAUGAGACUUACAAAGAGAAUUCCGAAGUGGAACUGCCAAAUCCUACGUUACCAGAAGACAGUGAGAUACCCGUGCCAACCGUAAUUACUACAGAUGCUGAAGCGUCUAAAGUUGAUGAACCGAUAGAAGAAAACGAGGAGGAUGUACCAACAUGCAUGCCGAAAGAAGAAGUUACGCAGCCAGAAGGCCCUGGAGAAGACUCCGAGAAAGAACCAGAAACAGAAUCGGAAGACCCUUCGGUGUGUGAGUUAGUGGCUACUGAUCUUAGUUUAAAAGCAGUUCAGAAGCAAAAACAGGUGUUAAGUGCGGUGAUAGAAACGAGGAAUGUGGAGGAAAAUGUGACAGUGGAGAAGAGUGAAGAACUUCCGAGGGAUUUGAGUGUGCACCGGAGACUACCGACCCCCCACGCGUCGCCGCGGAGGAUUGAUAUCCCGAGGGCACCGUCGCGUGAGUCGGACGCCAUGCAGUCCCCGCAGCCCAGUGGCAUCCCCGCCAUACCAUCAUCACCAGAAAUAUUCAUGGCUCCGCAAAAAAGUAAACAGACGCUGUUUCUAGAAACGUUACUCUCUUCUCCAUCGCCAAAGAUGUACACGUCCGAAGUUACCAUCACAAAGCAACAAUGCGAGCCUCUUAAUUUAGGUAAACACAGAAAAUCUGCGAGUCCAACCGUCUCCAGUUGCUCAGACGAAAUGAGGAAAUUUAAUAAAGAAUUUGGUGAACCACAGGAGAAAAGGAUAAAGAAUGAGAUGGACUUAGCUAAAAUUAGUAAAGUUUUCAAAGGUUCAAAAGAGGACUCAAAAAGAUCUGAUAAGUCGACGCAUAAGUCAAAUGAGGAUACGAGUCCAUUAAAGCAAUUGCAAAUUUUAAAGACUACUGCAGACUUCAACAUUCCAGACCCGCUCUUAGUACCUAAAGACAAAUUGAAUCAUAUAUUAGCGGCACCCGGGCGAGAGAUCCCAGCCUUACUAAUACAGAGGCCAGAGCUAAGACUACCCGAGGCGUUCGCGUACCCCUCCAUUCUACAAGACCCAGAUAUACUAGUCAUAUCUUUGUCACAACUUGAAAAUAUCUUAGAAAAUGAUGCCAAAAAAAUAUCAAUCUCUAAAACUAAGGAACCUACGAUGCCAGAGCAUAUAAGAAUGUCAACUAGCGACCCACCCAAGCCUGAAGUACGUAGUACUACCACUCCAGUGCCAGACCAAACGGCACACCCAAAACCUAUACAAUUAGAUGCUUUAGCUACAGAUAUAGAUGCGGCUACCACGGCGGCGCUCAACCAAAUGUUCUGGCUCCCUUACUUAAAUCAGCUAGAAGUAAUGGCGGCUUGCUCUCAAAACAGCGAAUUCCUAAAAGCAAUGAGUGCUUCUGGCUACUCCGGGCAAAACUAUGCAGAGUUAUCUCAAAUGCUAAACGCGUCUCGCUUCAUGGGGUCCGGUGGAUUCCCAAUGAUGCCACAAAUGGACUACGACAACAGAAUGCAAUUCGCCAUGUGGCAGGAAGCUAUGAACCAGGCGAACGCGGCCGCCUCCCGGUCGAAAUCGGAAGCCCAGAAAGAAGUGCCAUCAAAAUCUGCUGACGUCCAAAAUCCUUACGUCCAUUCCACGAAGAAUCAUCAAAGCAAAUCACAGUCGCAUUCGGCGGCACGAACAAGCCCGAUCGCUCACAACUACAACAAUAAUCAGCGGUCUAUGGCCCACAAUCCAUUUUUCCAAAGCAUGUAUCCUGGGAUGAAUCCGAAUAUCAGACCGAACAUGCCGCUUCCGGGGCUACAGAUACCGUAUUUUAAUCCAAAUAUGAUGGGGAGCCAACGAUCGCCUCGUACGAGCCAGCAGAAGAGCCCAACGUCGCCAUAUUAUCCAAAUAAUAAUUAUUUGCAAAGCGUAAAGCAUUCGGAGGCUACGCAUCAGCGCAGCAGUAGCACGGGAUCUCAGGAGUCUCCGCGACCGCGGAUUAGUGUUAAAUCGCUCCAAAACCUUCUGGAGCCGACUGCGGCUGCGGCGUCCGGUGUAACGGCUCGACGGUCCUCUGUACCAUCGUCGUCUAUGGGCCGUCGACGGGACGAGCCAGAAGUCGGCAGCACCACGCCGCUCGGUGAGCCACCACCGCAUCCCAUGCCGCACCCGCACGACCCAUCAACGUACCACUUGUGGCAUCCACUAUUUGGCAACCAAAAGGGCUACAACAGCCCGUGGAGUUGGACAACGGUGACCGCGACGGGCGACUGACCACGCGCCCCGCGCGGGCCGCCCGCGCCGCCGCAGUGAGCAGGGGAGGGGGACGGGGCUGGACGGUUACGUUGAGUUUACACUUUGAGGUUAUGUUUUGAAGUCAACUUGACAAUUUUGAGGUUAUAAUGAAGAUUUGAGGUUAUUUUUUAUUGGCGUUUAAGGUUAUGUUGUACUUUUGAGGCAUGUUUGAUAAUUAUAGGGAUUGCCUAUGAUUGGUAAACCCAGAGUGAAACUAUCUUAAAAUGAACGCUCCUCCACCUCCACAUUUAUGUAACUAAUUAGGUAUAUGAGCAUAAACACAUUGCAGAGGAGCCUUUAAAUAGUUUAAGAUAGGCUUACUCAGCGUGAGACCAGACCAGGGACUAGUAAGAGUUCGAUAGUGCUAAAGUCAAAUAAAAUAAGUGUUCCGUUUGUCAAAACAAAGUUUUGCACGGAACACUAAAAACAAGCUCCUAAAAUACCUAUUCAUUUUUAGAACGCAUCAUUGUAUUUUUUUAUAUGACUUUAAUACUAUAGAUGCAUUUUAAAGUUUUUAAAUCGAUUGGAGAAAAGGUCUGAGUCAACAGUAGGUAUUUGUUUUUUAAGCUUAAUGUUAAAACUGAAUUAAAACUUAUGUUCUCUAAAGUAUCAGAAUUAGGUAUAACCUUAAGAAUCAGGGAUCGCAUCUUGAGAUCCGAAUCAUACCAACUUGUGCACACACAUUAUAAGCAAUAUCGAAUGGACGUUGCGUUAGGCUAAUCUGAUACUUUGUGAAUAAGGUUAUGUUGAACAACUUAAGAUUGAGGUUAUGUUUUGAGUUGAGGUUACUGAUGUUGCCAUGCAUAAUUUUGGUGAAAUGCCUAAGAAUUCAUAAGUUAUCACACACUUGGAGUACCGGCUGAGAUCCGAGGGAAGUAGUGACCUUAUAGACUGGACUGAUACCUGCUGCGUCCGUCUCGACCGGCUUUGCGUGUGUCUGAAUCUUAUGAAAUUGCGUGUUGACUUUUUACUUGUUUUUUUUACCGAUUUUUUAAAUUAAAUGUCAUUGUUUUAUUACUCGAUUUAUGCAAGUGUUGCAUAUUUUGUGUAAUUCCUAUUGUAUUUCUGAACAAUUGCGCAUCCGCUUUCGACCAGUCUUGUUGUUCGACGAAUUUAAAACGAAUGCUGGUUGUGAUUGUAAAGAUAGGUAAUUGUUGCAGUUUGGUCGAAAACUGGACGCUGAGUUUUUUAUUUCAUCGUUUCAAUUAUUGUUUAGUUAGAGCAGUCGAAGGCUUAGAAUGCGAAUACAAUAAAAGACAUCUCGAUAAUAGAAAUAUAUUUUCCAAUAAUCGAAUAGGUAUCAGUGUGAUUUAAUAGAGUGCGAGACCAUUCGAAAAUGGGUAUUGGAUAAUAUAAUGGAAUAAAAUUAUACACGGCAACACAUGUAUACAUUUUCAACUCAAGAUCGCCGAGUGUAUUUUAAUUAAUUAAAUAUGAACACUUGCUUGUCUGCAUACAAAGUCACAUUUUAAGCUUCAUCGAUUGCUCAAAUUGCAUUUCUGUCAUUUAAAAACCCUGGACCAGCUCCAAAUUGUGCGAAAUGAUCCGUCCGAUGUUGUUAGACCCCCAGCGCUGCGGCAGUAACUCUGUUCCGCCGUAUCGUGAACUUACCUGCGCUCCGUACAUUUAAGGUUACGUGUUCCAUAUUACCCAUAUAUGGGAAAGGCAAUCAUAUAGGUACUUAUUUUAUAUGGGGUUACAUUAUUAGGGUUUUAAUAAAUUACUGUUAUUCCAGUUGGCAAUUCAUCUUCCUCUCUGGGUUGGAAGGGAUGUAAGCUGUUUUUUUAAAACAUUCUACCUGUGCUAUGCCAAGACUUAAGGUAAGAAAAGAGAAUAGAAAUGCUAUCAAUUCACAAUAAACGUAUGACAAUUGGUUGUUGAUAACAACGCCAUCUGUUGGGGAAUUUGACUGCCUUUCUCACCAUGUGAAUAUUUCAAAAUCACCACAAUAUUAAAAUAGGUAUAAAGCGCUUUACGUUAAACAUGAAUAUUAUUAAGCUUACAGUUUACGACAUUGAAAUGUUGUACUACUUAACUCAUAGUUCGAACACAACGAAGACACAAUUCAGAGAUCGUUUGUCCACCUUAUUGCUUUAAAAUAAGGACGACAUUUGAUCUCUUAAAUGUGCUUGAGUACAUGUUCAACGUCUUUUACAUAUAUUUAAAGUUAGAACACUGUCCGUAAACUGUGCAAUUAGAAAUAAUUACAAAUAAGAUUUUAACGCAGUUGAGUUCACACGGCGCGCGCUUUACUGGAAAGGAAUUGUAUUACCUGUUAUAGGAAACCCACCUUCAUGAGUAUCUACAUUCGUAUUUUACGUCUAUGCGGCCUUCACGUUUAUUUAUAACGCUCAAUAUAUUUGUUAAUUGAGCACAUCAGUUUAGUAGGUACCCUAAUGGUCUGAAGACUGAAACCAUGGUUUCAUUGCCACUAUAUAUAUACUUAUAUCUGUUAUUUAUUAGAAUCACGGGUAUACACUAGUACGUACUAACUUGUUUAUGGCCAUGACUGCACCUAACAAAUCAAUUCAUUUUAUCUAAUGUAAUAAAUAGCAACAAAAGCUGUCAUGAGCUUUUCUUGAACGAGUAGGUAGGUAAUACUUAUUUUCCAUUAAUGUGGAGGCCCGCCUUGUACUGUGCUAAAUAAAUUAAAUGUAUUAUAGUGGGAGUUAAUAAAAUGGUGCGGUAUACUUGUAUAAAUAAAGUAAAUAAUAUAGAUAUUUUUAUAUUUAUUGAAACUCGCAAAACUCAACUCGUUUAGACAGCUUUCCUCUAUCUACAAUCUUUUCCGACAACUAUACCGUACCGUACGUUUACCUCCUUUCAUAGAGUAACGUGGCAAAUAAAAAUGUAGAUGCUCAAAAAUACCAUAUCCCUAAAUGUAAGGUGCAUACCGGGAGUAAAGGCGUCAAAUGUAGUCUAGAAACUCUAAAUGGAAUUAUUACUCUAAUAUUUAGAGUUUCUAGUCUACUUAAAUUUAGAAAAUAAUUUAUUAUUAGUUGUGAUAUUUAUGACAAGUAACGCGGUGGAGACUGCGAUAGUUCCAAAUGAGUGCAAUCUGGUACGGACUGUAUGUAUUACUGUAGUUAGAGAAGAGGUUAUAAUGCAUUUAUUUAUACGCGAGAGUCGCGAGACUGGCUGGUUGCAUUUGAAAAUGUAACUACUUACUCGAAAAUAGUGACGUUUGUUGCUAGAGAAUUGAUAAUUGACAUGUGUCCAGCAUGCUGUUCUAUGUUUUAGUUAAAAUUAAGUAUUUAUUAAUUAAAUUCAGACUAAGGAUUACGCUUACAUUUUUGGCACUUUUUGUAAAAUAGUUAAUGUUGAUUAGCGGGCUAAGAUUAAGUAUCUUUAUAAGCUUGUGAAUAAGCCGCGUUUUCAAAUGCAACCCGCGUUUCUCUUAAUUUAAGUAACUUCAGUUAAUUCUAGACAACUUGUGGCGUACUUACUUAAAAGUUCGUUGAAACGUACUUAUGCUUGUAGAAGUUCAUCAGAAGCUUUCUACAAUAUUGCGUGCAGUGAGAAAGUUGAUGUUGUAUUGAAGUGGAUAAGCUCUCUGAUAAGAAAACUUCUCGCCAAGUUUCAAAGUUACUUAAGUAGAUACUUAUCAAGAAAUAUUACUUUCUCUAUAUGUUUGUUAUUGUUUUAUUACAUUUAAAAUUGUAUUUAUUACUUUGGGAUUUUCGUGCGCACUAAGUGUAACACCGCUCAAAAGACAGUGUACGCUUUGAUCGAUUUCAUAUCCCCAAUCAAGAAUCAAGCAGUUUGCACAUAGCGAUUAUUCAAAUAGAAUAUCAUAAUUGUACUGUACGCAUUAUACGUGGACGAAUUUGACGGUACGUCACAAGUUGCAGCCGGUCCGACCGCAGCGUUGAUCAGAUCUCUUUCACUCUCUAAGUGUUAAAUGUAGCGACCGUUAUUAAUGCUCAGCUCGGGCCGGCUCACUGAGAUCAAACAAUACCCAAUAUCCAACCAACUUUGAAUAAUAUUCUAAGCAUGAACCGUAUUGCUAACAAAACUGCAAUAGACAAUUGAUAAUGCAUAUCCAUUUUAUUCGAAUGUCAAUUUGAAAAAGGAAUCUGGAUAUUAUUUGAUCUCAGAUCCUUUGACUGCAGAUGAAACGAUGUUUUUCACAAAUUCUAGUGGUUACAUUCUGUGUCACGGAAAUUAUAUGCAAAAAAUAUCUGGAACAAUUUUCAGGAUAUGGUUGUUGUCACAACUGUUAAGUUUAAGACUAUCAGUUUAUCACACAUUUGAGUCACUACAAGGAUAUUUACACUUCAAUUAGGUAUGACAGAUAAAACUGUAUCAGGCCAACACGUCACGCCACUAGAAUCAAGGACACAAUCGUUUCAUACACUUUUGUGCAAAAAAAGCUAUUUAUUUCGUUAUUUUUUAAGUUUUCGAUGAUUUUAAUUGUUCUCGUUACUUUCCUUGGGAAUCUUUAUCGAGUAGUAUUAGUAAGUACAAUUUUGAGCAGUAAAGGGCCCGGGGGCCGGUGCCGGUGGUACCGGUUACUUUUCUAGUGUACAAUUCCAUUUUUUCUAAACAGCAAAAUGUGCGCUUGAUGAUAAUCUAAGGUGGUAGUGGUAACUUCAAAUUUUAAAAAGUGUGAAACUGAGACUAAAUAUCAAUUGAGUCCUUUUUCGGCAUGAAUAGUAAGGGUCAGUUUUCUACAAUCUAUUAUAAUUCCACAUACACAGGACACUAGAUAAGUUUUGCAAUAGACAAAUAUGAAAUAAAGAGGAGGCCUAUCACAUAUACUUUUUAAAACUAUAUGUAUUUCCAUAAAAAAUAUUUGGCGGGAAACAUUUACUUUCUUUUUAAAUCUACUUAUUAAAAAAUAGAUUUUAUCUUUGUACGAAAUGAAAAUAUUGUAAAAAACAUUCGUAAGUCGUCUCUAUCCCACGCCGACAUUUUCAAAGUUUAAUCUAUUUUGUAAUAAGUAAAUUUAAUAAAAAGAAAGUAAAUGUUUUCCCGCCAAACAUUACCUAUGGAAAUAUAGUUUUUCAAAAGUAUAUGUGAUAGGCCACCUCUUGGUUUCAUAUUUGUCUACUGCAAAACUUAAUGUGUGGUUCCUAAAAAGUAUACCACCCACGACCUCUUAGAUAUCUCGUGCAGCGACCGGGCCCUCAUCGUUAAUAUAAUCAUUCGUGGUAAUCACUAAUCCAAAAGUUUCCUGAUGUAAUUUAUUGAGUCGGAUUAAAAAAAUACGCUUCUAAAGUGUACUAUGACAUAUGUAAAUAUAGGACAAACUAAUAUUAUAAUAGUGAAUGUUGUAAUUUGUAUAUAAGUAACGAAAAUUAAAUUUUAAAUACAUAGAUAACAUUGUGCGUA